UCGCCGAUUCCGCGUCGAGACCCGAGUGCUGGUGGCGGCGGCGCUGCUGCUGCCGGGGGCGCGCGCAGACUGGAGCGGCGCGAGAGGAGAAAGGGGAACGGGACGCGAUCAUCACGGACGGUUCACGAGAGGCAGCGGGAGCCCGAGAGCGCGGAUGUGAUCUUCACCUGCUCGUUCGCAAAUUUCACGCUCGUCCUCGUGCGCGGAGAGACCGGCUGGGGGCGCGAUUGGAGGCGGGGGGGCGCCGGUGACCGCGAGCUGAGAUGCUCGGCGCGAGGUGAGCAGGUGCUGGGCGCCGCUCCGGAGGGAUGCGCUCUGGUGCUGAUGCUGUCGGUCGCGCUUCUCCUCGGUCUGGGCUGAGGGUCGCGCGUUCCCGCGAUCGCGGCCACCCGCCCCUCGUGUCUGUCACUGUGCACCAUGGAGAGCCCCCACGGCCCCCACGGCGACGUCCAGCAGCAAAGCAUCCUGCUGGAGAAGAAGCGCGUGAACCGGGCGCCGUCCCCGGCGAGACCCUUCCUCAAGGACGCGCACCUAAAGGAUGCGCGCUCCCGCGCCUCCGCCUCCAAGCCCCCGGCCGUCGCGCCCAAGUCCCCCAAGCUGUCGGGUAAACAGCCGCCUUCGCCGGGGCUCGUGGCCGCGCAGAGCCGCGCGUCCAGGCGCGGCGUCCCCGGAGCCCGAGAAAAGGCGGCCGCGGCGGGCAAGAGCGCCGCCAAGUCCGCGGUCACGAAGAAGGCGGCGAGGCUCGCGCAGCACGGGAGCGCGGAGCAGACGUUCACCUGCAGACAGGUCGAUCCGGCUCCCGUCGGGGCCAAGAGUAAGAAGGGCAAACUGUGCAGCGUGGCUCGCGGCGCGCUCGGGCUGGACUCGCCCGUGCGCGUGCCCGCGGGCUCUGGCCUCGCCAGGGUCGCUCACACGGACAGCAGCUCCGACCUGUCCGACUGCCUGUCCGAGCCGCUGUCCGACGAGCAGAGACGCGCCCCGGCGGCGAGCAGCGACGCCGAGUCCGCUUCCGGCUCCGGCUCCGGCUCCAGCGAGCUCGCGGGGUGCGCGCGCCACCCCGACGCCCCAGGGCAACGGACGACGGCCCGGGGCGCCGAGGAGCCGCUGGAGCGCGGCAGGGUGGCGGGGAACCCGGGCAGACCCGCGACAUGCGACGAGCGCGAGCCCCGGGGGGGCAGGAGGGGCACGAGGGAAGAGGAGCUGCUGAGGGAAAUAGAGGAUCUGCGCUCGGAAAACGACUAUCUCAAGGACGAGGUGGACGAGCUGCGGGCCGAGAUGGAGGAGCUGCGGGACAGUUACCUGGAGGAGGAGGUGUACCAGCUGCAGGAGCUGCGGCGCGAGCUGGACCGCGCCAACAAGAACUGCCGCAUCCUGCAGUACCGACUGCGCAAAGCGGAGCAGAAGAGCCUGAGAGCAGCGCAGACGGGUCAGGUGGACGGGGAGCUGGUGCGGAACCUGGAGCAGGACCUCAAGGUGGCCAAAGACGUGUCGGUUCGCCUGCACAACGAGCUGGAGAGCGUGGAGGACAAGCGCAUCCGAGCCGAGGACGAGAACGAGCUCCUGCGCGAGAAGAUCAUCGAGGUGGAGAUCUCCAAGCAGGCGCUGCACAACGAGCUGGAGAGGGCCAAGGAGAGCUCUCUUAGGAGGCGAGGCAGCCGGGAGGCGUUCAAGGAGAGGAAAUCGCCGUCCCACCUGGGUGGUCAGGAGGACAGCGCCGAUCUCCGGUGCCAGCUCCAGUUUGCCAAAGAGGAGUCGGCUCUCAUGCGCAAGAAGAUGGCCAAGCUGAGUCGCGAGAAGGACGAGCUGGAGCAGGAGCUGCAGAAGUAUAAAUCGGUGUACGGUGACGUGGACAGCCCCCUGCCAAUGGGGGAGUGUGCCGGAGGGGGUCCGCACAGCACCCGGGAAGCCGAGCUCCGGCUGCGGCUCAAACUGGUGGAGGAGGAGGCCAACAUCCUGGGCAGGAAGAUCGUGGAGCUGGAGGUGGAAAACAGGGGCCUCCGGGCGGAGAAUGAGGAAAUCCGCUGCCAGUACGAGCGGGACUGUCCCGGCAGGGAGCUCCUGUCGAGCGCGCCCACGUCCCCCUUCGGCGACGGCCUCGAGUCGGGUGCCGAGCUCCGGCGUCACCUGCAGUUCGUGGAGGAGGAGGCGGCACUUCUGCGGCGCUCCAUCGCUGAGAUCGAGGACCACAACAGGCAGCUGACCUCCGAGCUGAGCCGCAUCAGACUGGGCCCUGGGCCGGAGGAAGACGGAGCCUCGCGGUCCGGCACCGGUGGAGACGGCCACGCCGGGACCGGGUUGCUGCAGGAGGAGCUGAAAGCCGCCCGGAUGCAGAUCAAUGAGCUGAGCGGGAAGGUGAUGAAGCUCCAGUACGAGAACCGCGUGCUCAUUUCCAACAUGCAGCGCUGCGACCUGGCUGCGCACCUGGGGCUUCGCACAGCCAGCCCCCGCGACAGCGAUGCCGAGAGCGACGCUGGCAGGAGGGAGGGCGAAGACGAGGACGCGAGCCGCCUGCUGAACCUGCACCCGAAGAGAGAGGGCCCCGUUGGGGGAGAGAGCGACUCCGAGGAGCUCGUGGAAAAAACGUCCGGUUUUGGCAGCGGGAAGCCCUCCGACGGGAGUGAGCUGAGCCGCCAUCGGAGGGAGGAGCCUGAGACACUGGCACGGGUGCGCAGAGAGGCGGAGCGCUUGGGGAAGAUGGUGGAUCGCCUCAUUGCCGACACCGAAAGCCUUGUCUACGAUGGCAAGCUGGUGGUGACAGGUGCGGAGGCACUGGAGACGGAGCUCCAGGGAGGUCAUGACUCAGAGGAGACGAAGCCUGAACCGCCAGGACUGGACGCCGUCAGUGCUCGAAUGAGGGCCUUCAGGACAGAGCUGCACAUCUUCAUGGAGAAGAUUGACCACCUGGGGGAGGGUCUCCAUGAGCACGUGGAUGACCUGUCCCCCAUGCCCAACCUAACUGAGUCCAGUAGCUUCCUGUCUGGGGUCACGUCCAUGUCGCGGGACUCGCCUAUCGGGACAAUGGGACGGGAUCUCAUCACUGACUUCCAGCCUGCCCCCCCACACACCGGUCUGAGGGAUGAGCUGGAGUGGUGUCUAGGACAGGAGGGUGCCCCGGAACCCGAGACCCAGAGAGGUCAGCAGGGCACUGACCAGAGCAGGGGAGCCCGCGGACACAGUAAAUACGGCAGGCCAGAGGGUUUAAGUGCGGAGCUGCGGGACGCAGCCGUGCCAGAGGCGAGCGCCCAGGUGCGGGAGAUCCCGGCCCGGCUGGAGCAGGAGCGGCGACUGCGGCAGGAGGAGCUGGAGGUCUUGUCCACCCGCGCGGCUCAGCUGGAGGACGAGCGCAGGAGAGCGCAGGGCGAUCCGCGGCGCAGCUUGCAGGACCAGCCCUGGGUCCAGGAGAGGACGCUGCUGCAGCAGGAGCUACGGCUCUUGCGCCACAAUAUGGCCGCCGUGUACGUGAAGCUCCGCUGGCUCCUCGUCAACUGGCGCCUGGGACGCAGGGGGGACGUCGAGGGCGAAGGCGCUCGUGCUCAGGCCGACGCCUCGGACAGCAUUCCUGAGCUCGGUCUCCUCAUGGACCCAGUGGAGGGCGCGGCAGAGAAAGAGGACGGGUCCACGGUCCCGGUUGGUGGGGUGGGGGACGGCGCUGAGCCAAGACUCUCCCUGCAGACCCCCGAACUGCUCCAGCAUCAGAAGCAGGCGGAUGAGAACCGGCGGGUGCUGCACGCCCUGCGGACUCUUCUGGAAGAGCUGCGUUCCGAGUUGCGGGAUGAGGAGCAGCGGCGCUGCCAACUUCAGCAAGCUUAUGCCAACGAGAAGGCCGGCUGGGAGGUCCAGUGGGCGGAGCUCAGGUGCCGAGCCCAGCAGCUGGAGGAGGGGGUUGGCGAAGCAGCUCCCGGCGGGGACCCGGAACGGUCCGACCCAAGGGGCGCCUUUGCCCGAGAGCGGGAGGAGCACAGGCGCCUCCUGGCCGAGAGCCACAACGCCGCGCUGGACCUGCGCUGGCGGCUGCAGCACGGCGAGAAGAGGUGGGGUCGCGAGAGGACGGAGCUUCUGGAGCGCUUCGACCGCGAGCGACAGGACUGGGACUGGCACAUGCGGGAGCUCCACCGUAAGGCGGAGAAGCUUCAAAGAGAGCUGAGCACCCCAUCGGAGGGGAAAGACGCGGCCCACAGGGCCUAUUCGCCCCAGGACAGCCCCCGGGCCCCCCGGUCUCCCCGAUCCCCGCGUGCAACAGCCCCCACCCUCAGCGCUCCCGCUGCUCGCUCCUACUCGGACUCGGAGGCAACCCUGGAGGACCGUCCCGCUAUGCGGCUGAAGGGCAGCGAGAGCUUUCGGCCUACAGAGAACCUUUUCCUAGACGCCCUGUCCCUGGACCCCCUGAGUGAGAGCGCUGUCCCGCCGCCCUCCCGGCUGGAGAGCGAGAAGAGGUUCCCCUGCUUGAAUGAGGUAAUUGAGAACCUGAACGAGAUCUCGGACCGGAAGGGCCUGGAGGCGUUCCACGAGGAAGAGAUCAGUGGUGGGAACCUGCUCAGGGCCAAAUCGGUGUGCUCCAUGAGUGAGUUCCAGAGGCUCAUGGACAGCUCUCCCUUCCUCCCCGACAAGAACGGCCGUGGAAGCGCCGGAAGGGAGGAGGCCACGCCGCCUCUGUCUCCGGACGACCUGAAGUACAUUGAGGAGUACAACAGCAAGGGAUGGGACUUCCCCCCCGCCGAAGCACCUGCCGAGGCCUGGCCAGAGAGAUCGGAAGUCAGGAGAGCCGAGCAGACGUGCGAGCAGCCGUUCCAGCCCACUUCGUGGUUCCUCACCACCAGCGCCACCCUGACCACCAGCACGCUGAGCAGCCCCGAGCACUGCCAGAGGCAGCCCUUGAGGGGGGCCACAGCACCUGAGCGCUACGGGGUUCGCGUUCUCCACAGCCCACCCUUCAGCAUCAAGCUGGAUGGCUCCGGGCCCCCAGUUGGUAGCGAGAGGUCCGCUGCUGAACCGGAGUUUGUGUUUUCGGUGACCAAAGCCCGAGGGAGUGAGCCCUCGACAGGGGCGGAAGAGGUGCUCGGGAGGUGGCCGCGUGACCUGCCCAAACACCACAGGGAGCUCCUGGAGGGGGGUCUCCGGCAUGCCGAUCGACCCGUCUGCUCUACGGUGGCCUUCGGUUCAUCCUUGGAGCUGGAGCUGUCCAGGAACCUGAGCGACGAUAUGAAAGAGGUGGCCUUUUCGGUGAGGAACGCCAUUCGCUCCAGUCCAGUGGACCGUCAACUGAAAGACACGGCCUGCCAGACCAAUGGCUUCACUACUCGAGGGACGCAGACCACCCAGACCAUCAGCGUCGGCCUCCAAACUGAGGCACUGAGGAACAUCACCAGCAGUCCACACCGGUGCUUGACCCCCAAGGGCGGCUCCACUCCAAUCUCCUCUCCAUCCCGCAGCCUGAGGAAGGUGCAGUACUCCCCGGUAGUGCAGACCAAGUUUGAGCGUCCCUGCUGCUCCCCGAAGUACGGCUCCCCGAAGCUUCAGCGCAAACCGUCCUCCGGUAAAGUGGAGCAGCCUAACAACAGGGCGCCCACUCCCACCACACCCCAGAAGGGCUACAGCGAAUCGGCAUGGGCACGUUCCACCACCACCCGGGAUAGUCCAGUCCACACCACCAUUAACGAUGGGCUCUCCAGCCUCUUCAACAUCAUCGACCACACGCCCGUCGUCUACGAUACCUUGCAGAAGUUCACCAAGUCCCCUAGCCGCUCCCGCCCUGCCGACUCAGGGUCUGCCGAGCCUAGGUCAUCAGGCCUUGGGGUGGUCCAGGAAUUUCUGAGGAACGUCCGGGGCAGGUCCCCCAGUCCUGUCCAGCUGGUAGUGGAGACUCAGGGAGAGAAGACCCCAGAGGUCGUCAGCAUACGGCAGGACCUUUCUGCACCUCCGGGAUACACCCUGGCUGAAAAUGCUGCCAGGCUCCUCAAUAAGAGACUGAUGGAGCAAGCUGUGAAGGAAGAGAAGAGGCUAUCCUCCAGCAGCCAAUCAAGUCUCAGCAAAGAGGGAAGACCAGGGGAUGGAGACAAAUCACAGCAAGGCCCAAUAGAGGAGCUGCCCCGUUCUCCGGUCGCCCCGCCCUUAGACGCCUGCUUCCAGAGACCCGCGAGGCCGGCGAACCAGAGACCACCGUCCCGCUGGGCGGCCCGCUCGCCUUCCACCUCCCCGCGGUGGUCCCACGAGGCCGAGAGGAAGUUCUUCUUCCCGCCGGUGGAACGCCGGUCGCCGCUGCCCGAGAGCAACGAGGCCGAUGCCGACCAGAGCUCGGCGUGACCCGUCCGGCUCUCCCCUGCUUCCGCGAGUGCCCCCCCCGCCAGGUGUUUGUGGCACAGACUCCUCCUCCCAAAGGGCCACGAGCCUGGCUCGCGGGACAAAUGACCACUCGGACCACUCCGGACUGACCCCAAACGGACCGAAAUCAUAAGCAAAUCUAUACAAGGUGCCUGUACAAACCUGAGUUCUUGACUGUACAUAUACUGUAUAUACAGAUAUAGAGAUACAGUAUA